AGAUUUGGGAGGCCGGCGAACUCUCGCGAGAGUUGGGGCGGUUGAAGGAAGAAGGCGGCGGGGGGGGGGGGGGGGGGCCGCGGUGGCGGCGGCGGGAUGGGAGCGCUGAGAUGCCCCGUCACUGCUCUGCUGCCGGCUGUUGCACCCGCGACACUCGGGAGACCCGCAACCGAGGCAUCUCCUUCCACCGGCUGCCCAAAAAGGACAACCCGCGGCGGGCGCUGUGGCUGGAGAACAGCCGGCGGCGGGAUGCGAGCGGGGAAGGCCGCUGGGACCCAGCCUCCAAGUACAUCUACUUCUGCUCCCAGCACUUCGAGAAGAGCUGCUUCGAGAUAGUCGGCUUCAGCGGCUACCACCGUCUCAAGGAAGGGGCCGUGCCCACCGUCUUCGAGUCAGCCUCUCCCAAACCCCCCCGGGCCACCAAGCCGAAGCCCCCCACGCCUGAGAGUGACGCCCCAAAACCCCCUCGGGCCACCAGGAGGUGGAGGCAGGACCCCACUCCUUCCCCACCGGACCCCCCCUUCACCGCCGACGUCUCCUGCUUCCCCCGAGAAGGCGAAGACCCCGCUGCCCCCCCCGCCGGUGAUCACGGUGGUGUCCCGGCCCUUCCCGGCCCCUCGGGUGCCCGCGGUCCCCUCCCGGAUGGCCUUUUGGUGGCCACAGGGGACGAGGAAGCCACAGCCACCCCGGCUCUCCCCGAGGGUGACCCCCCGGCACCCCCCCGUCCCGUUUCCCCUUCCCUCUACAUGCUGCGGCUACCGCCGCCGGCCGGGGCGUACAUCCAGAGCGAGCACAGCUACCAGGUGGGCAGCGCCCUGCUCUGGAAACGUCGGGCCGAAGCGGCCCUCGACGCCCUCGAUAAAGCCCAACGGCAGCUCCAAGCCUGCAAACGUCGGGAGCAGCGGCUGCGGCUCCGCGUGGGCGAGCUGCAACGGGAACGUCGGGUUCCCCUCGAGGCUCGCCGACCUCCCAAGGAGCCCCCGCCGCGGCUGGUGGAGCUGCAGCUGCUCGGUGAUGGCGGCGAGUGAAGGCUUCCUGGCGGACACCCCGCUCUUCUCCUCCUCUUCCCCGCCCCGGUGCCGCUGGGAAGGUUUGUAAAUAAAGAUUUUGCCUUUUCUAUGAAAAA